AUGAGCUUGGAGCUUCGCCGGCGCGCUAGGCAUUUGGUCAAGCUCCUGCGAGAGCUUCAGACCAGCGAUCAUCCCAUCACUGCUCCUCUUCUCAUUGCCGCAAAGCACCUUCUCCAGCACCAUUGCUGCCGCGUUAUCACCAUUAAGCAUCCUUACCAGUUGGACGACUUUUUCUUCAAAACUGCCCGCGUGGUUCUUCCGCGAUUCAUCGUCUCUCAGCUCGAGGAGCAGGUUUUGACUGACCCCAACGACAGCGAGGAGAUCUUGUGGCCGCCGCAUAUACUGUUUGUCUGUCAAAAUCUCGCGAAUCUGCGUGGCGGUGACCGAGGAUACGCGUCCUUGUUCCGCUGGUACUAUCCGCCGGAUCACCGCACCUAUUACUUUUUCGCCUACAUCAAGUUCUCCAUGCCUCGCCGCACCUACACCCUCAGCGAGCUUCUGGAGCUUCGCAGCAGCUCCGACUCGAGGAGCAUUAUGUCAUUAACGACCAACUCCGAGCUGGCUGAUAUUGUUCGUCGAUCUGGGAGCGACUCGUCGGCUUCGCGUACUGGAUCCAGCUGCAACCCGAACAGCAACCGCAUCAAGGACGAUUCCUCGUCAGCUUCUGAAGAGCUUCUGUUCAAGGGCACUGUGAGUCGUCGCAUGGGCCGUGACAUUACUCGCGAGUCUUCUCGCAAUCCCAUCCGUCCCUCUGCUCAUAACCUCGUACAAGACUCGGCGCAGUCCAUGGAGUGGAAGUACCGUGGCCGGACUGAGGCAGAGGCAGCCUCUACCGAGCCGAUACCUGCUCCUUCGGGCAUUCCUGCCCAGCGCGUGGAGGGUUUCCAGCGCUUCUACAAGGCAGUGGUCUCUCCAACUCACGUUCGUGUUACGGCUGGUGGCCGCAUUGUUCCCAACACCCGUCCUCCCCAUUCACCUACCACAAAGAGGAUCAUGGAUUCAAACCAGCCUGCCGGCAAUAACCAGAAUGAUAGCUCCGAAAAGUCGGCCGCCAAUAAACAUGCCCCUGCAGCCGUCGCUCCGAGCCCUCUUGGUGUCGGCCAAGCGAUUCCCGUCAUGCCUCCGCUCAUUCCGGGCUAUACUCCCGGUUUCCAGCCUCUGCAAGCUCCCGUCUCUUUCGUUCCCAUUCCGUUCGGUACUCCUUUGGCUCCUGGGAUUCCUUUUGCUCAGGCUGCCAUUAGCCCUGCGCCUGCAGCUGCCACGCCUAUCGCCAUCGACAACAACUUGCUGAAAGAUAUGCACAACACCAAGGCGGCUGUUGGUCUGCAGAACAACAACGGCUUUAGUGCUGAUGAUAAGCAGGACAACAAGACCAAGCUUUCGUCGCCUGAGUUCUUUGACUACACCAAGCCUUAUCUUUACAAUGGCCAGAUCAUCUACCCCCUCAGCGCUGCGUUCCCAUCGCCGCUGGGCGGUCCAAUGCUUCCUCUUUCGAUGGUUGGCCUUCCUCCUGGCCUUCCUCCUCCCGGAGCGAUUCAUACACAGCUGCCUGGCCACUUGAAUCAUCAGCACAACUUUGCACAGUCGCAGACCAGCUCAACGGCUUCAGUGAGCUCAGGCACGACUAGCGUUUUCGUCCCGGCAAACGGGCUCACCCCGGUUCCCCCCAUUGUCAAGCCGAUUGUCCCAGCUAAUGCCAAUUUCAAUCCGGCUACGGCUCCCCCGCCUUCGUCGAUCAAGUUGAGCGAGAUCACCAAGAAGCAGAUCGCGUCCUUCAAACAGAGUUUGAAGUACCAUGAAGAUCAGCUUCAGUACAACCGCCACCAAAUCGACGAGAGGGAUAUGGAGAUGAGGAUCCAGACAAUCAAGGGCCACAUUGAAAGGUUCGAGGCCACUUUGAAGCUCCAGCUGGAGUACGAGGAAAAUCAGCGCAAGGCCCUCGAAGCCAAGGCCAAGGCCGAGCAGCAGCAGCAGCAGCAGCAGCAGCAGCAGCAGCAGAACGCCUCGGCCCAGUCGGGCACCUCAUCAUCAUCAGACAACAAUCGUGCUGCCGGCUCGUCCACCGAUUCAUCUGAGAACCGUGCCCAGUUGGGUCAGGAUGAUUUGGACGAUGCGGCCCGUCGCAGAGUAACGGCCCCAGUUACUUCAACUUACCGUGACAAUGACGAUGACCGUGUGUACUUCCGUCCUCCUCCUGGUACCUUCCCCAAGGUUGAUUGGAGGGCUGGCCUGACUGCCGAUUCGGCCUUGGCCCCUAGCUUCCAGCCUCGUGGCUUUUCAUCGUCUUGGGGAGACGGCAAGCGUUCCGCCGAGCAGGAUGCGGAAAAGCGAUUCUCCUCGACGGACUCGCAAAAAUCUCAACAGAGCAGCGGUACUGCCAAUGAUCAGGGUUCGUAUACCAUCCCCUUCACGGGCUCUCAUGGUGGUUAUUCGAACGGCACUGCCUCCAGCGGCCAUAAGAAUAGUAUGAGUCAGACAAAGUAUGGCGUCCCGUACCUGCUUGGCACGCUUCCCAAGGGCAUCAACCCUCGUACUGCGAGGGACCAGGAUUACGUCUACAGCCGUCCUCUGACCGAUGAGGAGCGCCGUGCCCGUUUCUUGUACUGGGGCAAGGCUCCCAAGGCGGCCACCAAGGGUUUGCCCAAGUUUGAUGGCAAGCACUUUUAUCCCCCUUCACCUGUGAGGGAGCCGGAGAAUGAUGCUUCCAAGGAUGCCAACACCGAGUCGAACGCCGCUAUCAACACCAGCCGUCGUGACAUCGCCAAUCGCCAGACUGAGUCGGACUGCGACCCGUUCCGCCCCAUGACUCCUACUGAGAAGCCCGAUCCCAAGCUGGUGACCGCGAGCGAGGACAACUGCACCGUGGCCCGUCAUGGUCGGGACAGCAGCUUGUUUGACAUGCAGGCGAACCGCGAGUCGGAGGAUUCUCGAGCGACCGACGAUGCCCUCAAGUACCGUGAGAGCAACGAUGCCAACCUUCUUGCCGAGCGUGCUUCGGACAAGUCUGGCGCGAAACUGUGGCAGUCGGUUCUCAAGAACAAGGGUCCGACCAGCAGUGCUCUGUCGUCGACCACGGCCCAGGGCCUGCUGCCGCAUUACGCCGGACACGCAGCUGCUUCGCUGAGUCCGUCGCUCAACACGAAUCAGGCGGCCGAGGUGAAGGAGAACUCUCCAGCUAAGUCGGACCGCAGCGACCAUGCGCACAUGGCGACAACCCCCGAGAAGCUUGUCGAGAACUGCCCUCCCAACAGUGUGAGCGCUCUGCAGAACCAGCUUAUCAACUUGGCGCUGGAGGGGUCGCCCCGCCAGGGUCUUGCUCCCAGCUAUGGUAUUUGA